AUGUCUACUCCAUUCUACUUCCUCCUCUCCCUCUUCCUCUUCCUCUUCUUCAACUUCCAUGCUGCCAAUCCUUCUCCUCCUCCUCCUCCUCCUCCUCCAUGCCCUACAGCCCAGAUCUCAUGUGGAGGUAUCACUUGGGCUAUUAAGCCUCCUUUCUUCACAAACAGUACCACAGCUUCAGACCUGCAGUGUCAAAAGCUUCACCUCAUCCAGUGCGUGUAUCAGAGACUACUGGUCCAGUUCUAUGGCACAGGACUCUUCUAUAUUGUUAGAAAUAUCUCAUAUUUUGAUCGGACAAUUCGAGUCGACGAGCUCGACCUUUACUCCAGCACUUGGAAUUCUAGCUGUUCUUUCCUCUACAGUUUCAAGAAUCCCAGCCCUAUUAGUAAUCUUAGCCGACUUACUUUACACAUAAAUGCCACCCUCUCUUCAUUCAACUGCAGUAUGCUGGAGAAUGAAUAUAAUAAUUACCAGAACAUCUUUGGCAGCCAUCUCCUUGGUCCUCUUUCUUGCCAGAAUUACACCCUUUUCUUUUCCCAAAAUCCGGAAGAUCAACACGAGCGUAGUCAUCUUCCUGCAUAUUGUUCGCGCAAUAUUUGGGAUCCUCGGUUCCGCUGGAAUUUGUCAUUUGCGGGAGAUUCUGAUAGCAUCUCUGUGCUAUCGGGCGGUUUCUCUCACGAGUGGGAUCUUCACCCAGAUUGCUUCAGUUGCCAAGUUACUGCUGAUAGUAGCUGCGCUACGAGUGCAGAUUCACGCGAUCCAAAUCCCCCGUGCGGAUGCGCCAAGCAAUGCCAUAUUGCAAAAGGGAGUAAGAAGUUGGGAAAAUGGAUUAUAAUAGGAGCCUCGGUGGGUGCAGCAACUGCACUGUUUCUAUCCGUCACGUUCAUUUUGCACUGCAGGCGCAAGAGGAGUAGUAGUAAGCAGGGCUUGCUCUCCUCGAAUCGCCUCAUCAGUAACCUUCCCUUUGAGCCACAACACUACAUCGACCCUGAACUGUGCAGCACCAAUUACCAGACCCACAUCUUCUCCUACGCCGAGCUUCACGAGGCCACCGACGGCUUCUCUUCCUCUCAAGAACUCGGCGCCGGCGGCUUCGGCACCGUCUACAAAGGGCAGCUUCGAGAUGGUCGAACGGUCGCCGUGAAGCGCUUGUACGAGGCCAACUGCAGGCAAGCGGAGCAGUUCAUGAACGAGAUCAACAUCCUCUCCCACCUCCGCCACCAAAAUCUCGUCAGCCUCUACGGCUGCACCUCCCGAAGCUGCCGUCAGCUCCUCCUCGUCUACGAGUUCAUGCCCAACGGCACCGUGGCCGACCACCUGCACGGGCCCCGGGCGUGCGAGCGGCGACUCACGUGGCCUCUCCGAAUGCGGAUCGCCGUCGAGACCGCCGACGCCCUCGCCUAUCUCCACUCCGUCGCCCCGCCCAUCGUCCACCGCGACGUCAAAACCAAGAACAUCCUUCUCGACGCCGACUUCCACGUGAAGGUCGCCGACUUCGGGCUGUCGCGGCUGUUCCCGACGGACGCCACCCACGUGUCGACCGCGCCCCAGGGCACGCCAGGCUACGUGGACCCGGAGUACCAUGCGUGCUUCCAGCUCACCGACAAGAGCGACGUCUAUAGCUUCGGGGUAGUCUUGGUGGAGCUCGUGUCGUCGAAGCUGGCGGUGGAUCUCGGCAGGUGUCGGGACGAGAUCAUUCUCGCGAACAUGGCGAUCGACAGGAUCCAACGACGCGAGUUGGCGCAGUUGGCGGACCCAGCUCUUGGAUACGGCUCGGAUCGGGCGACGAGGAAGAUGAUCACCGUGGUCGCGGAGCUCGCAUUUAGGUGCUUGCAACGUGACAGGGAGAUGAGGCCAUCAAUAAAGGAGGUUCUUGAGGUGCUGAGAGGGAUAGAAGAUGGUGCUUGCGAGAUGGGGAAAGAGGAAGACGGCAACGUCGUCGGCGGCGCAGGGGACGACGCCGGAUUGCUUAAGAACUCGGCAGCAUUUUCGCCGGAUUCUGUAACACACAAGUGGGUGAGUAGGUCCACUACACCAAACACUAGUGAGUAAGUUAAAUCUGCGACGUUGGUGUACGUGCCAGCUAGUCCGGUUCUUGUUAUAUAGCUAAUCUUACAUAUACAGUGCCCUGUAUGGUUUGAA